AUGCCGCUCUUCAGGACGCCCACGGGCUCCGUCACCGUCUAUCAGUCGGUCAAGAAGCAACAGAAGUGCAUCACCACCACGCUCCGGGUCGUCGAAACCAACACAACCUGCGGACACGGCCGGAGCGGCAGCAACGGCAGCAACAGCAGCAACAGCAGCAGCAACAACAACAACAACAACAGUUACAACAAUGGUCAGAACACCAGAACCACCAAGGUCGACGCCGCCUUGUCCGAGUACCACACCUCGCCGCCGUGGGAGCUGCUCUACGACGACCUCAAGCUCUUCCUCAAGCACAUCCUCCUCGUCCCCUUCAUCGCCUCCCCCGUGUGGCACACCCGCCGCGACGGCGAGACGCGCUACCCGGCCCUCGACCAGGCCUGGGUCCCCCGCUUCGCCAACUGGGGCAUGAUCCAACGCCUCGUCACGACCUCGCAGCGCCGCUUCCAGCGCCUCGUCGACCCCUACUUCCCCUCGGGAGAGAUGGACGAGCUGUACCCGUCCAUCGGCAACCUCAUCAGCCUCGGCGCCCACGGCCUCCUCGUCGUCGUCCAGCUGCUGUUCCUGCUCUCGCUGCCCUGGGUCGCCACGCUGCCCUUCAACGUCAUCCUGCCCUACGCCGUCGUCUUUGUCACCCUCAACUACAUCGUCUGCAUCCCGCUCAACGCCGGCACCAGCAAGGGGAUGCUCACGUCCCAGGACAAGCUCUGGCCCGAGGCGGAGCACUGGGAGAAGCACGACAACGAGCUGUGGAUCUUUCUGAACGGGGUGUCUGUCGGUUCCCAUUGGUUGCAAGGUAACCUCAACAGACUCGCGAGGACAUUCCACCGCCCCAUCACCGGCAUCCACAACAAGACGUCCGGCAUCAUCUUCGACACCAUCCAGUGCCUCCUGGAGCGCUGCUUCUACUUCGGCACCAGCGACACCAGACAGUGCUACUCGGUGCUCGCCGCCCAGAUAGCCCAGCAGGAAAAGAUCGUCCUCAUCUUGCACUCCCAGGGCGGCCUCCAGGGCAGCAUCAUCGUCGACUGGCUGCUGGCCAACUACCCGCGCGAGACGCUCCGCAAGAUCGAGAUCUACACGUUCGGUAACGCCGCCAACCACUUCAACAACCCGCGCGCCGGCUUCGGCGACGACACCAGCGCCACACUCGGCCACGUCGAGCACUACGGCAACGCCGGCGACUUCGUCGCCCGCUGGGGCGUCAUCCACUUCAAGGCCAGGGUCUCGGACGAGGCCCUCAACGCCGACCUCAACGAGCAGUCGCGCGCCGCCGACCUGCGCUACGUCCUCGGCCGCGACAAGCGCCAGAACAACUUCUCGGGCCUGCUCUUCAAGCACGACGUCAAGGGUCACCUGCUCAACCAGCACUACCUCGACCGCAUCCUGCCGCUCAACGCGACGCUGACGGGCGUCGUCGAGGACGUCAAGGGCAGGCCGGUGCGCGGCUCCUUCAUGAACCUCUCCCUGCAUCCGGACCACCCGGGCCAGCACCUCGAGGGCGAGGGGGACCGCGUGUACCAGCACAGCAGGCUGUGGAAGUACGUCAACGGGCGGUCGCCGCACGACGAGGGCGAGAGCCAUCACGUCAUGGUGAACGGCUACCACCACUCUCACCCGCACUAA